AUCAUCACUAAAGCGAACUAAAGCGAACUAAAGCUCAGCGCUAGACGGAACAGCACCACUAAAAACAUGCUCUAUCGUCCUAGCUCCCCGCGGAACCCGGGAAAUACGAUCGCUGGGAUCGGAGAGAGGGCAUUGUUUUUGGGUCAAUGAUCCGAGACUGAGGUUAACCAUUGCCCUGAAGGAGAAAUAUUCCCAAGUCAGUGAACCGUUUAACAUCUGACAUGCCAGCCACAAGCCACAGUCUUCCGAAUUCAAGUGCUUACGUUGCGACGACGUUUUUAUUCCAGUAACGAGGCGCGGCUCGGCACGUAUUCUUGUUUAUUCAGAUGAGGGGAAAUUUUUGACCUUUUCUGUUCACCUUUGCCAUAACGUUUUAUUUCCCACGUGCAACGUCGUAUUUUGACAGCGGAACGUUGGACUUUUGCCGAGCGAACAUGACGGCUGAUGCAGAGGCUGAGAAGCAGGGUGGCGACGAUGUUGCCGGUCUAAUUACCGCUGCGACUGCUACCGCGACUGCGACUGCGACGGAUAGACAAGCGCCUACGACUGAUGAGAGCGCGCUGCAAGCCGAGAGUGAGCAUGAUUUUCGCGAUGACGAUUCAGCGAUCGGGGAUGAUGCUGCGAGCAGUACAGCGUCAAUCAAUUCAAGCAUCAUGGCGUAUCGCACCGAGAACGGAAGAACAUACCAUGCUUUUAGAGAGUCCAUCAAUUAUGUACUCCCCAAUGACUCGUCUGAGCAAGAACGUCUAGAUCUUCAACAUCAUUUGUUUUCACUUACUCUUGGCGGAAAGCUUUAUCUCAGUCCCAUUGGAGAUGACAAGCCUUUGAACCGCGCUCUUGAUGCAGGAACAGGUACUGGUGUCUGGGCGAUUGACUUUGCCGAUGCGCAUCCCGAAACACAAGUCAUCGGUAUUGAUCUCAGUCCCAUUCAACCCAAUUUCCUUCCCACAAAUCUCCAAUUCCAAGUCGACGACCUCGAAGACGAAUGGACAUUCUCCUACCCCUUCGACUUCGUCUUCGCCCGCAUGAUGACCGGGUCAAUCGGCGACUUUCCCAAAUUCUUCACCCAGUCCUUCAACGCUCUCAGUCCCGGCGGUUGGAUUGAAUGCCAAGACAUAACAUUCCCCGCGCAAUGCGACGACGGCUCUCUUGAAAAAGAUUCAUUUAUCGAUCAGUGGUCUAGUCUCAUGGUCGAAGCGACGAAUAAAUUCGGUCGUACGGCGGAGAGUGCCAAGUUUUACAAACAGCAGAUGAUUGAUGCUGGGUUCGUUAAUGUUACGGAGGUGGUUUAUAAGUGGCCUACUAAUAGAUGGCCUGCUGAUCCUUAUUAUAAGGAACUUGGGUUUUGGUGUAAUCAUAACAUCGCUGGUGAGUUGUCGGGUCUUUCUAUGGCUCUUUUCACGAGAGGGUUGGGAUGGAGUGCAGAAGAGGUUGAAGUGUUUUUGGCAAAGGUUAGGACAGAUAUGAGGGACAGGCGCAUUCACGCUUGGUGGCCUAUGUAAGUGAUCUUCGAGUUUGUGAAGAGCAAGUACUGACAAUUUUCAGACAUGUAGUUUAUGGCCAAAAGCCGGAGGCCCAACCAUGAUGGGAUAGUUAGUCCACAAACUUUACCAUAACGAUUUGAACGAUUCAAUAUGAUUAUCAGGCGAUUAUUUCUUUUCUUAGCCAAGCAUUCACAUUUCUCCCAUCAAACCAGAUUCUCCGGAGACAGUUAUUAUCAGUGACCGUGAACUACAAUGAAAUCUGCACACAAGAUACUCAUAGUACCCUGUCCAAAAGGGCAGGAUAUGUAUAUCCCAUAUAUUGUAACUACCAUAAGACUUUCAUUGGAUGCUUGAGCUGCGUAAGUUCUCAGCGGUUCGUAG